AUGGCAAGACGAACCCGCUCGCUCACCGACAUCAACAACGAACUGCGCUUGAACAUUCUGAAUCCUAGUGCAAGCUCGGAUUCUGCAUCUACCCAAGGUGGAAGCGCAGAUCCAUCGUCGCUUCAAGAACACUGCCGCACGAUGAUACUGCACUCUGUUGGUCUUAAAAACCUGGCUCGAAUAACAGAACUGCCUUUACCUAAAGCUAUAAUCAAUUCUCUGUCCAAUCAACUGACCUUGGAAGAUUUUUACGUGAACAAAAAUGAGCUGAACGACGAACACAUGAGCCACUGCGUUUACCCUGCCAAGUGCKUACUUGAUAUGUCAGAUGUGGUCAUCAAGGUCGUACCGGAAAGCCUGGCAAGCGAGGACAUAAAUACUGCAGUAGAACUAUGGGCAGGCAUGAAGCAUUUGAAACACCCAAACUUAAUGUCAUACUACAUCACGUUUACCAAGGACUCGACUAAGAUAUUGGUCUUUGAGUACCCGCCCUACGCAUUAGUGGACAUCCUCAAACAUCUCAAACAAGAGAAGAAAACAAUCCCAGAGUUUUUAUUGUGGAAAGCUUUUCAUGACCUUGCAGCUGUCAUAAAGUACCUUCAUGACCAAGGAGUGUCGUACCCUGGUCUGAAGCCAGAUCGAUUGUCAUUCACUGAAGACGGUAACGAUAUAUGGCUACUGGGUUGUUUCUUCUACGAGAUGGCAGCWCUAGAGCCAGCUUAUGCUAACGUUGGCACAGACAUGUUUAGCGCCAUGGSGAAUAUCAUGGAAGGGAAGAAGCCAGCGGCUUUGAAUGGAUAUUCUGAUGACUUGAACACCACGAUCAGCGAGUGCCUUAACGGCGAUCCACAAACAAGGCCAACUAUUGAGGAUCUUCAAGCAAAGUCAAAUGCUAAGAUGGAAGUUCUGGUGGACAGUUACAAAGGAGUAAAUAUCACUCACUUGUGA